AUGGCCGAAGGCGUAAUCUUGCUGGAGGACGCCAAUUGUCGUCUGGACUUGGACUCGGCCGUCUGGGGACGCUUGCAAUUGGUCGAGGCCGCUUUGCAUUGGCUGCACACCAACGGCUACUCACCAUCGUCAAGACCACCAACAAUACUGUCACGAUCAUACCAACAGCCACAUACCAUUCGAGCCAUUUGCAGAGACUCGAACCUGCGUUCCAGCCUAACCGUGGAGAGGACUUCGAGAGAUAGCAUCGCCUCUUGGAGCGACGGAUCAAGGCCUCAAACCUGGCUCGGUGGCGCUUCUGAAGAGGCUUUCUGUCCCGAUGAGCCCUGGAGACCGCCGACAUAUACCCACUUGAGGUUCUCGACUCCCGAGGAUCUGGCCGUUUGGAUGACCGAACUCAUGUCGGGCCUACCAGCGUCAAGUUGGUCACCGGAAGUGUUUUUCAGGACUGGCGAGACCGUCUCGCCAGACACACCUUGUGUCUGUGUGCUCGAGGUGGCCUCGGUACCUCCAGACCGUCGGGCAGAAGACCUGCUGGAGGCGUGUCUGUUGUUGUUGACUCGACAGCCGGGCUGGUUCGACGUAUACAACUCACUUUUAGGGGGCCCCCAAAUCCACGGGCCUCGGCUUGGGCAACCGGAGGCGAAGACG